AGCAGGGAUAACGCGAGUAUGGGAAAGCUGUCUUGAAUCGUUCUGCUGCUCUUUUGAAAAUGAAUGCUUGAAUUUUUCAUAGUUUUCGUGAUUUUUAACCAUAAUUGGAUUAAGCAGGACAAGUGUUAAGUUCAACUUUAGAUCAGCGCUGAGAGAAGGCUCCAUCGAAUCGCUCACCAGCCUUAACUGUCAACAAAUAAACCGGCUCCUGUCAAAAUGCACGCAGUCGGUAUUCAUUCGGCGCUGGCCAUCAAGCGCCAGCGGAAGCGGAGGGAUGUCCAGCGGAAAGCCCGUGAACGCCGCUACAGUAUACAGAGCUCGGAAAGUGGCGAUACGCAUUCGCCCCAUGGUUCAACCCGACGAAAGUUUCACCCGCACAAAGUAAACGUCCAAGAUCAAAGUAUUUUAGACACAAAAGUAGUCACGACCAUCGGUAUGAUGCACAUAGGAGUCGUAUUCGUAGUAUUCGGAAUCUUUUUACUAGGUGCCGGGUUUUUUCCGGCUAACUUAACGAACCAACCAACACAAUCGUGGCAUUUGCUGGGAAAAGGGUCCUGGUGGAAUGAAUUAGUAUGUACGGGACUAUUCGCUGUUGGUCUCGGCCUUUUUUUCAUCAUUCUUAACUGUGUGAUAAGUAGUCGAGAAGAACAGGACCUCGAAGACUAUGUCCAGCGGCAGCUCACACGAUCGAGAUCGGGUCAUCGAUUAGAGCGCGAUGUCGAGACCGGUGGCCUUACGACACGCCACCACCGCAAGGCUAUGCAAAUACAAAAAGGUGCUGCCGAGAGAGGUCUAGACGACCUAUCCAACUCAAAUGUUCUCCUGACGCCAACAAGCAGCGAAGUGGCGACUCCAACAACGCCCUCGGGAGUACUAGGAGCAUCCGGAGAAAUAUUGUUGGAGAAAAUACUAGAAGAAGAUAGCAGUUACGGGGAUGCAGAUUACUAUUCUCGAAACACCGGACAAUCGCCACCCGGCGUGGAUAACGACAAACGGUUACUUCUUGGUAAUGGGCACACCGGCGCCAUUCAUAUGACCGAUAUUUGAAUUAUUCCGCCGUUUUGGCGCGUAAGUAGAAGUGAACACAAAACCACCAAAUAUCACACCGUUACCAUCGGAGUCCCCUAAAACAUCUACCGUGUAUUCGCAUCGUAAUUGCAUAACAACAGCAGUGUAUACAUAUAGAUCAAGGCAUGUUCUCUUCCCCGUUCACUAGUUUCUUUCGCUAAAUAGAUAAUAAUGAACAAAUACGCAACCAUUAGUUGGAAUACACGAACAUAUAUAAGCGCAAAUAUAAUGAACCAGAUCACUAUUUCGUUAUCAUGUACGGGCAGGACUUGGACUUCAGAGUAUCAUGCGAGUCGAUUUAUUCAUUGCGUGAGGCAACAUCCCAAUUUCUGGAAAUAUUGGAAAGGAAAUCAAUAGAAACAAUAUAAAGAGAGCAAAGAAAUGUACCAUGUCUAUCAUCCAAAAUACAUAUUAAAACCAUAACCGUUGAAUUCUAGUCACGACACACAUAAUCAAAGGUUCACAACAAUGACUAAUACUAAGCAUUCGCAUAUAAUAACAUAAAUAUUUUAUAACUUAUAUUCCACAAUAAUAUCGAAUUAAAAAAAAGCACAAAGUAUUUCAAACGACAUGAGCCGAACAUUGGAAGUAGAAUCAUAUUCAUAAUAAAACACGAAAAUGGAUUUGAUUUCAUAUUGCGAAUUUUCCGUUCAAGUGUACCGCUUGACAUCUCGUCGAACAAUGUUUGUAUGUAGCUGUGUAUAGUUCGUAAGUAAACAUUAUUAUAGAAGAUUUUUUAUGAAAACAAAACAGAAUCGAAAUUAAACAAAGCUUAUAGGAAAAUGUUUUUAUUUUAACUUUUGAUGUUUAUGACCAGAUGUCGUAUUUAUAAAACCAAAUUUGGACCGUCGUUGAGUAAAUUAGACAUUACAGAGCUAUCAAAACCAUAUAACAACAAUAAACAACUCAGUUCAGUUGACGUUAUCAUUGAAAGUUGUAUGUACUAAGUGAUACAUACGAAAGAUAUAUUCAAAAGACACCAUUUGCAAUUCAAAAUUAUCUCGAUUAUCAAAGGAAAUUGUAACUGAACGCAUCCAAGCGUUAAUUUAUGCUGUUUACCUAUGAUUAGCAGUUGUCAGAUUCAUUACGCUUCAUUUAUUCGAACCUCUUAAGCAUGUUUCGAAGAUAAGACAUUCUCAUAAUUUAUAUAUGUAAUCAUAUCACAUGAGUCCAGGAAAUGAGCCUAAAAGUAAAUCUUGCCUGGGAAAGUAUUUCUGUGUCAACUUGGUAGCAAAACCAAAAAUAAUCAUGCUUUGUUUUUUUUUUGCUAAAAACCAUCGGUAUUAGGGGAAAGUAUUAUAAUAUGCUCCCAUUGAGAAAACAUUGAGAUACUUCUAAAUGUAUUAAUAUAUAUUUCUCAAGAAUGUGAGUAUCUCUUUGCAAUACGGCUGAGCAACAUAAUUUUCAAUGAUUCCGGUAGAAGUGAUGAGAAUUGAUUUUUCACAUUUUCCAAAACGACCACAUUAUCAGUUUUUUUCGCUUGCCUUGGACGUAAUGCCCCAGCAGCCCUACAAUAUGCCUCACAAGAAAUCAGUGGUUUGACAAACAACAAGCAGCGCUGCCAACUAUACCGAUUUCUCGGUAUUUCUACCGAUUUUUGGACUCGAUACAGAAAAACAGAUAUGCUCUCUCAAAAUACCGAUAUUUCCAUUUUCAUACAGAUAAAUACCGAUUUGUGUUGGAUUCCAUAGGGGUAAACCAGGUCGAGCGACCUUUUUUUUUGUCGCAAAAUAAGUUUCGCACUAAAUCGAUGUUUGAUUUUUUGAGAAAGAUAUUGUACAGAUAGAUUUUUUCCGCCAAAUACAGAUUUUUGGAAAAAAAACAGUUGACAGCACUGACAACAAGAGACAUUUUGUCCUCUUAACAAUGAAGCAUUAUGCCAAUUGAAAUGUCCGUAAAGUGACUGUUUUGAGAAAAUGAAUAUAUCAAGGAAAUGGCGGAUAAAAUGCUUAUUUAGUCGAAAUAAAACCUCACAUUGAAAAGCUUCAUAAUAUAUUCAGUUGUCUCAAAUUUCCCUGCAAACAUCAACUGCCAAACUUGCAUAGCAGAAAGAUCCUUCGAAAAGAUAGAUAGUAAUAAAACUUUUGUAUAGAAAAGUCUUGAAUGCUUAAAAAUGAAAGGGGGGUGUUUUCAGCCAGCAGAGACACUUUAUAAUACUUUCCCCUAUAUACUGUUUCGAAUGUCUCUACGCAGGGCGUUCGUUCCGAUCAAAAAGUCAAAGGUUACAACAAAUGGCUAAUUCUAAGUACAUUGCCAUAAUAUCUGGAAUGAACGUUACGACAUCGCUUGAUAAUUAUAUAUGUAAAUAAUGUCUUCUACGCAGCUUUCGUAACGAUUGUGCUUUGGUGCUGAUGUUCAUUUUAUUUUCGAAAGCAAAACAAGGACUCAUUUUACGAGGGUGGUCGUUCACCAUAUAAAAUAAAAACAACAUCUAGGAAGAGUGUAGUCCAAGGUUAGCUAUGUUUAUGCCAGCGAAAGCCAUUGGCUUUUCUACUGAAUUCAUCAAAGUAAACAGUCCAUUGCAGAUGACAGCGAUGGAUUGUAACCGCAGGUAAUGAAUAUUUUCCUGCCUGAAUGUCGAAUGCAGAUGGAACUUGUCAUAUUUCUGGAUUAUGGCGUGGGCAGCAACAGAAAACAAAUUAUUUCCACUUAAACUCAUUUUCAUUAUUUUGUUUGUCCAAAUACACUGUUGGUUGGCAAAAUCAUUAAAUUAGUUCGCAUCUUAAAUGUCGUGGAUCCCGUUUGACAUUAGGAGAAUUUGAAAUUGGAACCACAUCGGUAGUACAGAAUCUGAACCUCGGAUUGGAGAAAGCUACAGGCUCGCGUCAUGUUUCUGGGAUUUGUGUUGGAAACUCGUAUACUCGUAUCGCUAUUUUGUUUAUUUAAGCAGUCGUUUCUUCAAUUCGUACUGAACAAAAUGCAAUAUAACCUUAAACUUACGAACUAAAUUAUUGACUUACGACCAUCAUCAGCUAGUCAACGAAAACUCAUAUCUUCAUUAACUAAAUCUAAGCUAACUGAAUCUUAGUUCAUCUACCAGCUAUUUUCCGACUUCUUUCAAAUUGGCAUUGCUUUGGCAAUGAGUGUCCCAUCGAUGCGAAAAGCUAAUAGUCGAACAGAGCGAAGGCUGUUUAGUACUUAAUUAUUUAAAUGGGCCGAAUUUUUGGAAUUGGUUUAGACAUCUUCGAGAUAAUUAUUUGGCAUCUCUUCCUAAUUUUCUUUCUACUGAACGAUAUGUUUGUAUUGUUCAUCUCUUGAGAUUUUGUAAGAUUAGUACUCCCAAUUCAAAAUAAGUCCUAAUGUUCAUAAACAUUAGCAGCGGCGGUAUACAUCUUCUGAAAGCUAAGUUAAAGUAUUACACAUUCCUUUUGUGAAAUCGGCCUUCUGUUUCAAUAGACUUCGCAGCCGAUUCUAUGAGUACAUAAUCAUUGCAUGUAUUAGGGCCAUAUUUCUGUUUUCGUUUUGGAAUCCAUAUCCGAAGUUUGGGAUACAAUUCAAUUUUACAUACACGACGCGUAUGUAACUUCAUUCUUCCGUCGUAUUCAAGUUUAUUCUAAAGAACAUAUUUAUAUAAAUUGAAUUGAAAACAUAUUUUUGCUAUGUUCAUCUUUUCACAAAAUAAAUAUCUACGAGAAACAUAUAUCGUUCACCCAUGUGAUUAAUUAAUGUACACCAUACAUGACUGAUUUACUCAAUGAACUGAACACCGAUUGUUUUGGGAAUUCGAUACUCAAAGGCGGUCGGAUCCAUGGGUUUAGCUUUGGUAGGUUUCACUGUUCAGGAACGCUUUUCGCAUUGUGGUACUAAAUUAAAACAGAAAUAUUUUCUGCUUCUUUCUGACCAAUACGCAAUUGAAGUUGCACGAGGUGACCGAGAACAAAUUACGCUCUGAAUAAAAGAGGUAAUACAAUCAAUACGAUGAAUUAAUUUCACAGGAAAAGGUAGACGAGGUAAACACGAACAAUUUCGUGCUUGUCACAAUCGAAUGUGUCGAAAUUUGGAGAAACGAUACCAUACUUUUUCUCAUUCUAUAUCGUUGUUAUUCAAGCGAUAUGAGAAGAGUAGCAUGUUAGAGUUUGUGAAUUAGAAGCAAAUAUUUAUGCCUAUGAGUUUCAUCGUUGUAUGUUGAAUGUAAUAUAUUUUGUUCUCCCCAUCUCCUCCUUUCUAUGUCAAAUAUUUUAAAUCCUUCUAUUAGUGCAACAAUACCUUUCUGAGAAAUUGAUAUUCAAUCCUUAAAACACGUUUAUUCAAAGGCGCUUGGAAAUUUCAGGCUUACACAGUUCGAAAGAUUCUUGUGAUUUUACAUCUUAUCAGAUGCACAUAAAUGGAGCGUCAUAUUUCACACAAAUUUAUAUUCAAGAACAUGUAAAAUUGUGUGAUUUGAAAAUUACAUGGCUUUAAAACGAAAGGAAUAAAAAUCAAAAGAUCGACAUCAACAAUGCGACUUCAACCGAAAAACAUUAGAUCACAAAGCACACCAGUUAGUCGACUGAGCCACAGAAGCACAUAUUUGCUUGGCUGGUAAAUCGUGCAAAUAAACUCAUACAGUCUCACUUGCUAGCCGAGUGCAAAUCACACUCGGAGCUAGUAAAUUUCUGUACGAAUGGAAUAUUGUGUCAUUUGAGCAGUUCAGUAGUUAUGAAUUGUAUCGUUUAAAGAAUUGUGUCACCUGUAAAAUUAAUAAUUUCUUUUUGUUUACAAAUAUAUUUUUCACCAUAAAAAGUGCAGUUUGUUGUCGGUUUAACAGUUAGUUUGCAAGUGUCCGUCGCUGAGAAUUUGUCACCCAAAAUUAAACGACUAUGACCGACCAGUGCCAUCUGUACAUCAUUGUCGGCGUUAUCAGAUUCAAGCAUUAUGAAUAUUCCCGACUUUCUCCUAAAUCUCUGAAGCUUGACAACAGUGUGUUGAAAUAUAUCUCAAGUUUGUUGGAAUCGGCUCAUCCAUUUAUUUAUGUAAAUCUUUCCAUAUGAGAAAUUGAUAGCCUACCUAAAACUACGAAUCAGUUCUGAAUAUUCAGUACUAUCAACGAACGGUUGAACCCGAGAAUUAAAUUUUUAUUUUGUUAACAAUUAACAACAAAAAAUCAAUCUAUUUUUUAUUUACACUCAAACAAAUUGUGCCACGGAAAAAUUAUCGGUGUAAAAUUGCAUUGGCAUCUAUUGAUUUUGCAAUUAUUAAGACUGAAAUUAAAAACCAAAGCUAAAUCUUUAGGGAAAAAGGCACAUAAAAUUUUCUCAUCGGUAUCCAUCCGAUAGAGCCGUAGGGUGAAUCAGAUUGGUGCUUACGUUAUAUGGAGUGUUCUCUUGCGGAAGGGGUUGAAAAGGGUCAAGGCUGAUAAUUGAACUGGGUGGAGCCUGUGCACAGAUGAAUACAUACAGAUGUUCUAUUCAAUUAGAUUGAUUUUCCCCGUAGAGAAAAAGUUUUCGCAAAUCUUCAUUUCUGCUUUUAUUUUCAUUAGUCUUUUUGCCUUUUUUUAUAUAUAUAAAAAAUAGGUAUAGAAUUCGCUCAAACUUUCGAAAAAUGUUCCGAGGCCCGGAGGGCCGAAUGUUAUAUACCAAUCGAUUCAGCUUGACGAUCUGAGCAAAUGUCUGUGUGUGUGUCUGUAUGUGUGUUGUCAACUAAGAAGUCGAGAUCUCAGAGAUGGCUGGACCGAUUUUGAUCAAACUAGUCGCAAAUGAAAGGUCUCCCCGUCACCCAAAACGCUAUUGAAUGGUUUUGAGAUAGGAUGUUUACUUUUUGAGUUAUACGGAAUUUUAUGUCAAAAUUUUCAGUUUUUUGACAGUAUCUGUCACAAUUGACCUUGAAAACAGAAUAUGUUUUUAGACUUAGAUUCCGCACGGUAAUAGCUAUCCAACAAGCCAUAGUUUGUUAAAAUCCGUCCAUUUUUAACGGAGAUAUCAAUAUUUUUGUGUAAACGACUUUUCCCCUUAUUUCAGCAGUAGAAGUUUUGAGCACUGUAUGACAAAGAAAUGCUUGGGAGCAACGGAAAACACGAUUUUUAUACUGUGACAUACAAUUGUUUCUAAGUGUCCAAAAGACUGUGUACAGAAUCCUUUUUCAUGACAAUUUGCCUUGGACCGAUUUUAGCACGGUUCGUUUUUGGCAACAUAAUCGUUCGAAUAUGGCUUUUAUAAACCAGAUGAUAUCAGCAUUUUCGAGUUGAAAGUAAUUCCAUAAUUAUAUUGAUUUAAACUACUUACAGCAAUAAAAGCUGGAAGAACAUAACUUCCAUAUACCAUACGACUCAGUUCGUCGAGAUCAGCAAAUGCGUGCGUGACAAAUAAUUUCACUCAAUUUUUUCGGAGAUAACCGUUUUCUACAAACUCAGAUUCAUAUGAAAACUAGUAUACUUCCAAAUUUGGAUCCGACUUCUGAUUUCGAAACCACAGGAUGACAGGUGAAACGAAAUUAAAAUAAUGCAAUUCAUUUUUCUCGUAGAUGGCUGAAACGAUCUAAGAUUCAAAUGAAAUCUAAGAAUCAUCUAUGAUUCAAAUGAGAGGUCUUAAAAUCCUAUAAAAAUUAGUCAGAUCCGAUUUCUGGUUUAGGAGAUACAGGGUGAUUAGUAUAAAAAUGUCCAUUUCACAUAAAUUAAUCAGGUUUAUCGAGUUUGCAAAUUUGGAUAGUCGAUUACCAAAUAAAUUUAUUUCAGUUUAAGCGGUAUUCUUUUGUGGAUUCGGAAUGUACCCCCAAAUUUUAAUUCGCACUACAAUUUCUCAAAGAUGUCUACACACUCCUCAGGUGAAUUUAUCUGAUUUCGGCUACACCGAUCUUAGAACUCCGGAUCCAGUUUCGAAUCGUUUCUCAAAGUUUAAUCAUUUUUUCAAAAAGGCUAAAUCGAACUUCAAAAACAAAAAUUCAAAUAAAAGGACCUAAGGAUUCUGGAGUUACAGAUGAUGAGUUUUUAAAAUGCAUACCGAUAUAGAAGAUGUAAAUUGUUUGGCGUAUUAAUUUAUGGCCAUUCGAAUCAUUUUGGGUUAUGCUAGUUCCUGAAUACCGGCUCUGGAAGUACCAUAAAUAAUGACGAAAAACUCUAAAGUGGAACUUACUUCGACAUCUCAUGGAAUGUUCAAUCGAAUGUCACACGUUAAGAUUGAAAUUCGAUACGAUUUGCAGAUUCGAAAUUACAGGGUAAUUAGUGAUUAAAAUCUCAAUUUGACGUUUGAAACGACGAUAAUUAAAAUAAUGUCAUGAGAACUAAAACACCUAAGAAUAUCCAUGCAAAAAAACACAUGCGGAUUGAUAAAAAAAGGUAUCAUCUCACUGCUAGGUGGAUUAAUCACGUUUUUCAGUCUGUUUUCACGUGAGAUACUGUUGGGAAGUACAUUCAUUUGCAAAAAAUCCAAUUAAAAAAUUCGAUCAUAAAAAUUAAAAAUUUGUACACGUAAUUUCAUCCAUGUUUCACGCUUUCAAAUAUCAUUUUUAGUGCUGAAACAUGUUAUGUCAACUUAAUUGUCAAACGAUAUCAUCUCGUUUUAUCCAGUUAUAUUAGCGCUAAUGUCAGCAUGGUAUUAGGCUCAAAGCAUAUCACGUGUUUUUAAGAGUUAUACAACAUAGUUUGUUUUGACCGACUCUCCCCUUGUACACAUCGUUUUGAUUUCGUGUGCCUUGGGAGGACCUAUCGCUAUCAGUGGACAGUUCUAGGCCCGGAUAAGUGGUUUACAAUAUAAUUUUUACAAGUCACAUGUCGUAUGUUCAUAACCUGGAAGGAUUCUUAGUGCCAAUAGGAUCGUAGCACUAUCCAUGAAGUUGUCCUGUACACUUACGUAUCGGAUGCGAAAUAUGUUGAAACAGAGCUUAAGUUCCGUAUCGAAUUGUAGUUCCAUGACUUAGUCGUAGCUCGUUCCAGAAACUUGAAAUGUCUUGAAGUUGAAAAUUUCAUAACGUAUUUUCAUUUGGACAACGAUGUUCGGGUCCUUAUUAGUCAACCAAUAUUUUGUAUCCAAGUCUAAUAACAAUUCAAAAUAGUUCACAUGGUUGACGAUUAUUUGUCGAAGUUAUUCUUAUAAAGUUAGAGAUUUAACAAUCGAUUUGACGCUGAUAGAUUUCACGUAUUCCAGCGUUCAUAAGAACACGCAUCUUAUUCCCAGGAUUAGCAGAAAAAAAACAGAUUUCUGUAAAAAGCAGUUCAAAAUAUUUCAUAUGCACGUCUCAGUCGAAUUUUUCAACAUACUGCGCAAAUGUUUUCACCGGUUGAUUAAAAAGCCGAAUAUUAGAAAUUUUCAUUCAUCUAAACAAUUCGGUUCGAUGUUUUGAUUGCAACUGUUGGAAGUGAAAUGAAUAAAUAAUUUUCUUGAGUAUAGGAAAAUAAAAUUACAAAUUUUCCUUCCUGACAGGCAAAGAUGUAAUUCAACCGACAAACGUUAAAAUGCUAGAAGCAAUUAAUUGGUUGCGAAAACCCAAUAAUUAAAUUGACCUGGCUCGGGUUACUAUAGGCACUGCUGUUCUGGAUAAUGAUCCUUCACGGGGGUUAAACAAUUUGGCUUUUCCCUCCCCGUACUGCUACCGAAAGAUGCAAUAGGUGGAAGUUCCCCCUCAUACCACACACACACACACACACACACACACACACACACACACACACACACACACACACACACACACACACACACACACACACACACACACACACGUAGAAUUAUGAUGAAGAAACGAACAAAGUUUUCCUGAAACAACGGAUAUAACAGCAGUUUACGUUCUCCUAAAGCAGUGAAACCGGAAACGGAUUCGACUAUACAUUUAUAGGGUGUUGAGUUUACUUCCAUCAUUCUAUUCUAGCCCUAAGCACAUGAACUUGUUAGUUCGGACAUUAUAGAUAGUGGCAGAAAUUAUAAACUUGAAUGACUUAGUCAUAAAUACUAUAAUCAAUUAAACUACCCAUGUAAACUCAUCUUUCAUUUCGUUAUAACGUUGUAAUAGACAAACUACUCAUUUUGGUUUCAUGUGUGUACAAGAGAUGGAACAUUGAUUUAUAUAUAUACUAAGUUUUAGUCAAAGAUUUAUUACGAGAUUAUUACACUAUCUAUGUCUGCUUAGGCUAUCAGUUAUAUCUAUGAUGUGGUGUUUCGGUAGCAUCACUUUCCUUAAAAUGAUACUGGGGUUUUACGGGCUAUUGCCAGAGAGUUUGAAAAGGCUUCGCCGUGAAACUGAUGGUUCUAUUGUCCUAUAAGCUAUCGAGUUAUGAAUAUCGCGUAGGUCAUUUUAUAAUCAGAUCGCAUUCUUUACCAAGAUAAAAUCUGAUCAUAUCCUCUGCGUUCCAAAUCAAGAUUAUGUCUAUGCUUGAAGAGGUUUAAGGUCUACUUAAAUAUCUACGAUUCGGUUGAAUACCGGCACAGUUCAGUGCACGGGUGGUAAUAUUCUUCCACAUGUUUCAAUCCGUGUAUUCACCGGUACCGUUUUUUGUCGGUACUGAGCCGGACAAGAGUGAAUACACGCAUUGAAAUGUGUGGAAGAAUAUUGGUAUCCGUAAACGGUACUGUACCGCCACUGAACCGAACCGCAAAGGUUUGGAUAAACAUUUAAUGGUUUUGUCUUCCUAGCCUUCCCCGGGUGUACUGUCGUUAACUCUACAAUACAAUACAAUACAAUAUAGGGGUGUAUAACUUCGAGCUGUUUUCUGACCAAUCCUUGUGGCGUAUUUGGAUAUUAGAAAUGAGUGAGCUUUUUUUGUUUCUGUUAUGAGACCAUCAGUGCAACCAUUGACACUUAAAAGUCACUAAUAAUUGCACUUUUCUGUCAAUAAAUCGCUCAUUAGAAAAAAUAUUUUAUUGGGAAUGUUGACAAUUAAAACUUCAAUGUUAGGUAUUGGUGAAGAUUGUAAUCCUAACUUCUAUUUGAUUGAAGGCAAUUAAUAUAAAUCCAACGUCGAACCAGAAACAAAAUUAAACUUUACAUGAUUAUACAUCCUGCUAUCAAACAAGAAAACGUAACAUGCUUCUAUUAUUUUGAUUACACAAUUCAUUGAAGUUACUCAAUUUCUAGUAAAAAAAAUCUGUUGUCCAACAACUCGUUUUGGAGAGCUAGCCCGUAAUUCUCAUUAAAUUUAUCCACCGAAUAACAAACGUGAACUUAUAAAUAAGUUAGUGAAUUAAAAGUAUUCCACAUUCCGCAUUUACUUUUCGAAUUUAAAAAGAACCAUCUAUUUUAGUGUUUUCAGUGACAUCAUUUUUAGGAUAGAUGUUUUCUUACUAUAAGGCUGAAUUGAAAAAACAAAUGUCAAAGCCAAAUAAGAGAAUUUAGAUUUAAGUUAAGGGCCUGUUCUCCAACACCAUUCACUUAAUGAAGGCGCUCACUUAUCAGCACAUGACUUGAAAUAUAAUCCAAUGUACUUCAAUUGUAAAUGAUAUAUUUUUACUCUAUAAUGGUACGAAAAAUUACUCGUUUUUAUGUGAAAACGACCAAUAAGCCAACUGCUAACAUCCGCUUUAAAAAGGAAUUGCAGGCGAAUUGUGAAAAAAAAGAGAAUGAGUUUUAACACCAAAGAGAAAUGGAUUCCGGAAAUCCUCUUCAAAUUGGACCUUGACAGGUGGUUCAGUUGCCGAUAAAUCUAGAGUAAAUGAAACUGAUAUUUGCAUCUAUCCUGUGGGUCGUGUGAUAUGUGAUGACUAUAUGUUCAACUUAUUCUGAGUAUUGAUUAGGGUGAUGACAUAUUCUGCGACUUUCAAAUGUUAUUUGCCGGUCAUCUGAGAGGAUUUUCUUUAACCGGUUUUGUCAUCUCGUCUCGCACGAUGUGCAAAUCAGGGGCUAGAGAAUCUAACAACUGCUUGAAUUCAUCCCUCAUUUACAAUAAACAAUAGCUCACUAUGGUACGAAACUGGAGAGUAGAUUGUUCAUCUGAAAUUCCAGAAAAUUUGUGAAAUCACGACAAUUAGAAUUUUUAGGCCUACAUUAUAUGGACUCGGUCGAAGAACCCACGAACAGUCAAGUUGUCUGCAAAACAUCAUAUAUGUUGUGUCUUAAACUUACAAAGAAAUAACUUUCAAGCAUUCUACAGUAUCGGCAUAAACCAAAAAAAUCACUUCUGCAACCCGUCUCCACACUUUCAUAACACUUUCAAAUACACACAGUGUUUCUCUCUUACUAUAAGCGCGAACGAAGUGAAUGCAACAUUAAAACAAAGCGACCAGAGUGCAACCAGAAAAAUUACGAUUUAUUGAUACGGUAACCAAACAAAUUGAAGACACACAAAAUAUUUAAGAUACAAAUAGUUGAGAAAACUUUUUUAAUAGAAAAUCACAUUUUUUAUCGACUGAAUUCUGCAUUAACUUUUGUGACUGCAUCCAAUUGUGAUUGAAAAAGAAGAAAAAGAAACUAAUAAAGACAAGAGAAACCCAAACAAAAUAACUAAUAAAAACAUGCAAAAAAUCUUAUAUUAAAAACUGAAUGCAUAAGAAACAAUUUUCAAAUCAAUUUAUAUCUACAAUCUCUCUGCAAAAAAACACUUUGUUAGGUAAAAACCAAUGUAGCAUCGACUUUCUAGGUUUCUUAGUAAUUUCUCUAAAUAGUUGUCCGAUCUAGAAGAAAAAAAAUAUUGACAGGUAUGAUAUAUUGGGUUCAGAUAGCUUCAAAUCGGAAUUAAGAUCUGAUAUUUAAAACAAAAUGAAAAAAAUAGAAAAAAUCACUAUAUUCACGCCAAACAUGGUAAAGUAACAAUUUUCUAUUGUCAACUGCAUCUAGGUAAGUGUAAACCGUAGAGAAAAGGAAAAGAAAAAAAAAUCUGCUAUGCUUUUUGACUACCAAACAUGAAUAAUGUGUUUAGUUAAUAACAAGACAAAACAAAGAAAGUGAACAACAAAUAUACAUUCAAAUAGAUAUUGAGGAAUAAAAUCUUUCAAAAAAUCUGA